AUGGGUAUACAGAUGGUGUCUUAUAAGAGACUGAGCCCAGAGGAUGUCCAGUUCACCAACGCUGCUGCUUCAGAGGAGGCUCCUGUACGGGAGGAGGGGAAGGACCCAGAGGAGACAGAGCGCCCCCUGCUGCCCCGGAGGCCCUCCUGUUCUGCCACCACGGCUCUAAUAUCCCUGGGCUCCCUGCUGCUCCUGCGUCCCCCACAGGGCCCCGCCGCCCAGGGGCUCCCCAGGGACGGGUGGGGAGACGGGAGUAGAGCCCUACCAGAGCCCCAGGCUUGUGGAGUGGUCCCAGAGGCCUGGAGGUUUGACUGCUACCCAGAGAGAGGGGUGGUGGUGACCAGGGAGUUGUGUGAGGCGAGGAACUGUUGCUUCAUCCCUGCCUCCUCCUCCCCCCCUGCCCCGGGGAGGAACGGUGUUCCCUGGUGUUUCUACCCUCCUGGGUUCCCCUCCUACUCCCUGGUGUCUGUUAACGCCACAGACUUGGGUCAGACGGGAACUCUGGUGAAGACGGUGAAGACCUACUACCCUAAAGACAUUCUGACCUUACAGCUGGAGCUCCUCUAUGAGACAGACAACAGGCUCCGAGUCAGGAUCACCGACCCGUCUGAGUCGCGGUUCGAGGUGCCAAUCGCCGUGCCCAAGGCCACAGAGAAGGCCUCUAGUCCCGCCUACUCUGUGGAGCUAUCCAAUGAGCCGUUUGGCAUCAUCGUUAAGAGAACGUCCACAGGAGCUGUGCUCCUCAACACCACGGUAGCUCCUCUGUUCUACUGUGACCAGUUCCUCCAGCUGUCCAGCAGUCUGUCCAGUCAGUACAUCUAUGGGCUGGGAGAACACCGCUCCUCCUUCCUACACGACAUCCACUGGAACACCCUCACCAUGUGGGCUAGAGACGUGGCGCCCACGGAGCUGACUAACCUGUACGGGGUUCAUCCCUUCUACCUGGCCAUGGAUGAGGGAGGGACGGGGACAGCACAUGGAUUCUUCCUGCUCAACAGCAACGCUAUGGACGUGGUCCUCCAGCCGGGCCCUGCCAUCACCUGGCGUACCAUCGGUGGGAUCCUGGACUUCUACGUCUUUCUGGGUCCCGAUCCGGCCUCUGUGAUUGGACAGUAUUUGGAGGUCGUAGGUUACCCCGCCAUGCCUGUCUACUGGGCGCUGGGGUACCAUCUCUGUCGCUGGGGUUACGGAAGUAGCAAUGCCACCUGGGAUGUUGUCAAGAACAUGAGGAACUAUAGAAUACCUCAGGAUGUGCAGUGGAAUGAUAUAGACUACAUGGACCGUUCUCUAGACUUCACCUUUGACCCCACGGCCUUCUCGACCCUGCCUGACAUGGUGAAAGACCUGCACAGCCACGGACAGCGCUACGUCAUGAUUCUGGACCCAGGUAUCAGCAGUGUCCAGCCAGAAGGAGGGUACUGGCCGUAUGACGAAGGUCUGAGGAGAGGAGUCUUCAUCAACCACACAGAUGGAAGCACACUCAUCGGGAAGGUGUGGCCAGGUCUGACAUCGUUUCCUGAUUUCUCUGAUGAUGUGACCCAUGAGUGGUGGUACGACAAUCUCAAGAGGUUCCACGACAAAGUUCCCUUCGACGGACUCUGGAUCGACAUGAACGAGCCAUCUAGCUUCGUGGACGGGUCGACCGUUGGUUGUCCUGACACCGAGCUGGAGAACCCUCCGUACACACCUGGUAUAUUAGGAGGGUUGUUGAGGGCUAAGACCCUGUGUGCCUCUGCUGUCCAGAAGACCUCGUCUCACUACAACAUGCACAGCCUGUAUGGACUUCUAGAAGCUAAGGCCUCGGCACGUGCUCUGAAGCGUAUGUUAGGAAGAGAGCGUUUGUGA